UCACAAUAUCAACACAAUCUCUCCUAAAAAUCCCUCUCUCUCUCUCUCUGUCUCUUCUCUGAUUCUCUGGUUCCGAUAUAGCACUAAUAUGAUUCCAGUGGUGUUGAGCCAGGUGGCCACCGGCCUGAGCGUGCUCGCCGGAGCUGUUCUGGUUAAAUCGGUGGUGGACCAGAAGCCCAUGGCCGGCCCGUUUCCUCGCUGUCCUUCUUGCAACGGAACCGGUCGAGUUACUUGCCUGUGCUCCCGAUGGUCCGACGGCGAUUUCGGCUGCAGAGCUUGUGCCGGUUCAGGCCGAAUGGCUUGCAGCAGUUGUGGCGGAACCGGAACCGGCCGACCCUUGCCUGCUAGAAUCACAGUGCCGUCGCCGGACCGCCCCUCCUAGUUCACCGGUCGGUUCGGUUUUGAUGUCGGUACUAUUUUUCAUGUAUAAAUUGUCUCGUGUAUAUAUAUAUAUAUAUAUAUAUAGCUUUGUUUUUGUCCAUUUUUAUUCUUACUGAAAUCUAUGUAAUAUGUUAAGUGCAUGACACUUGUGACCCAGAAGAGAGAAGACUGUUAUUAUCAUGUUGUGACUGAGGUUCUUACCAAAUCAUGCAACUUCUUUGU